AUGAACAUCCUUCCAAUGUUUAUCCCUGAUGUUUCACUGGCAUCUAAACCUAACUCAGAUCAUGAAGAACAUGAAAAAAAAAUUCUUACCCUCCUUUCAGAUAGUUACAAGGAGAAGUUUACCAAAUUUCCAAGAGAAAAAGGCUGGAUGGGUGAAGACGUUUACAUGUAUCAAGGAUAUUGGUAUAUCUCGGAUCAUGCAUUCUCAAUUGAAACAGUGAUGGCUGUGCAAGAAAGAUUUCAAGCUCAAUCAACUGAUAUCUACAUCGUUACACAACCAAAAUGUGGUACAACAUGGAUUAAGGCCCUCGUGUUUGCUAUUGUGAACAGAACAAAGUAUAAAAACAUCAAUCCGUUAAAUCACCCUCUGAAAAUCUAUAACCCCCACAAAUGUGUGCCUUUCCUUGAGACUGAAAUCAUUAGUAUCGUUCCCACUUAUGUCCAUGGAAAUUCACCACGUCUCUUCUCUAGCCAUAUACCUUACAGAACAUUACCGAAAUCCAUUCUUGAAUCUGGAUGUCGAUUAGUUUACAUGUGUAGGAACCCUAAGGAUGCUUUGGUAUCUUGGUUUUACUUUGCAAACAAGUUGACAGAUAAGUCUCGUACCCAAAUGACCAUCGGUGAGAUGCUUAAUGUGUUUGUUAAAGGUUUUUUGCCAUAUGGACCUUACUGGGAUCAUGUGAAAGAGUACCAUAAGGCUAGUUCUGAAGAUCCGACAAAGAUUCUAUUUUUAACAUAUGAGGACAUGAAAGUAGAUACUGCAAGUAAAGUGAAGCGUUUGGCAGAGUUCUUGGGCUUUCCUUUCACGGAGAAGGAAGUGGCCAAUGGUGUGGUGGAUGAGAUCGUGACACUAUGUAGUUUUGAAAUUUUAAAGGAAGUUAAUAAGAAUGGGGAUUAUCGUAAGGGUAUGGCUAAUAACACUUUCUUUAGGGAAGGGAAGGUUGGAGGAUGGAGAAAUUAUCUUACAAAUGAAAUGACCCAGAUUUUGGAUGACAUUACGAUGGAAAAGUUUCAUGGUUUGGAUAUCUCAUUCUAA